AUGUACAUGCAUGCAUAUAAUAAUUCUUUUUUUGUUUUUUAUUUUAUUACAGGAAUUGAUUUUAAAAUAAAAACUGUUGAAUUAGGAGGAAAAAAGAUUAAGUUACAAAUAUGGGAUACAGCAGGUCAGGAGAGGUUCCACACUAUCACAACCUCCUACUACAGAGGCGCCAUGGGUAUCAUGCUAGUUUACGACAUCACAAAUGGUAAAACCUUCGACAAUAUUUCAAAGUGGCUGAGGAAUAUAGAUGAGCAUGCAAACGAAGAUGUUGAAAAGAUGAUUUUGGGCAACAAAUGCGACAUGGAUGACAAGAGACAGGUGUCCAAAGACCGUGGAGAUAGUGUAAGUAUAAAUCCAUAAAUGUAUGUAACAGUGUCAGUAU